AUGUUCUCCCUCCUGAUCGGAACGGUCGCCCGCCUCGCCACGCCCCUCAUGUACCAGAUCGUUGUCCCCAUCCUCCGCCCGACCAUCUCGCACGCCGUCGGCCACUUCCAGCCCAUCGAAGCCGACUUUGACUACGACCAUGGCGAUAAUCCUCUGGCCGUUGGUAUUACCAAGGUGAUUGACAAUAUCGACAUUGUCCGGAAGCAGAUCAAAGCCGUCUGCAAGGCGCCCAUUGUCGUUACUUCUCGCGUCAUCGACAAGGCCGUCGUGGUGGUGACGAAGUUGAAAAGCGCUCACGAAGAGCCUGUCGCUACUGCAAGCCAGGUUGUCAAGGAUCUCGCUGGGGUUGUUAAGCACUUUGUGCGUUCUUUCUUGUUGAGCGGGACCAGAAGGACCAACGACUCCAAAAUCCGCCGGGGGGUUGAGCCCAAAAAGCCCAAAUCAAGAAGAGCACGGUACUCGAUCGACCAAACCCGCACGUCUUCCUUCGUCAGGGGCCCUUCCUCCGCGUACCCAUCCCCUCCUCCUUCAUGCAGCGACGGCGACGAUUCGCCUGUUCGCAGGGACAAGACCUCUCCUGUCUUUGACGCCACAAGCCGGGAAGUGGACACCACAACGGUUGUGAACUUCCAUCUCAGGGCUUACUCUCCCGACGUCAACACCUCUCCGCCUUCAGAGAGCACCGGCUCUUCUCUGGACCUCGGCGAGUUAAUCGACUCUCUUACCAGCCUUACCUCCGUCACUUCCGUGGAAACCCAUCUCCCCUCCGAGAUUUUGUUUCCGUCCACUCGCUGCUCCUCCGACCUCUCCGAGAUUGGCCUUCCGCUCUAUUCUCCCUCCCACGAAGGUGGCGGCUCCAACAAGGCCACUAGCGUAGCUGAGAAUUUCUCCGACGACGAAGAGGAUGCCGAUGAGGGGUGCCUAGCUGAGCUUGUCGAUGGCGUGGUGAAGGCGCCUUUUGAAUCCCACACCCAGGGUUCGAAAGUCGACGGAGAAGCUCAGAUGGGAAGCGAGAGGCUCAAGGUCGAGGACGGGAAGGAAGAGCCGUCCGAGAUUGAGGAACAGGAAGAGGUUAAUGAAGCUGACGUUGCAAAGGAUAACGAGGCGGCCAUUGAGUUGCAGAACUCGGAAGACCCGGUUUUAACCCCGGCUGAACCCAACCCCAGCCAAUUCCAAGCCAUCGGCAACGCGGGUCUGGAGUCAGCCAACACACAAAGCCCCGUCGCCGCCAAUACAUCCAUGCCUCCCGAGCAGCCCCAAGAACCGACAAAAGGGUCCAUCGACGACGACACCGAGACCAUCUACCCAGAUGAUGACGACCUCGAGCCCUACGUCUUUAACUGGGAAGACCACGCCUUCAUCGACGCCACGGGCCAUCUCGACACCUACCAACGUGUCCACGACGCCAACUUCGAUCCCAGCCGACAAUACCUCCAGCACUGCCACUGGGUGGGCCUUUUCGAAGCUUACAAGCCAAAGCAGACCAUCACGCACUACCUCGGCCCUGUCGACGCCUCUAGCCAGCACCAACCGUCCCUUCCCGUGCCCGAGCUGACCGUCACGACCCCGGAGGGCGACACGUUCUGGCUUGAUGACCCUCUGCCUUGGAACCGGCUGUGCAUGAACCGGCGUUGGCUCAGUCUGAACUUUAUCGAUCAUUAUGGGUAUCUGGAUACGUGGAAGAGGGUGAUGGAUGAGGAACAGAGGGAGCAGGUGGUGAGGGGACAGUGCAGGUUGCAGAGGGAUAAUUGGGUGUUGUCGAAGUUUGCGCCGCUGGAGAAGAAGCUGGAGGGCGUGCCGGAGAUAACAGUUACGGUGUCGGAGGGAGGGACGUUUUAUUUGGAUGAGCCGAGGAGUUGGGCGGAUUUGGAUGAUGAUGAUGAUUGGUAG